AUGACUCAAGCAAGCAAAGCGAAGAUGACUUUAGGUCUACUCAACCUAUCUAAAGUGUACACCAGUAUCCGCAACAGCCUAAAGGCGGAAAUGCAAAAUUGGCUCAUCGCGGAUGUUGGUAUGAAGGAUAAGUUAUCAAGGGGACAGGGGGACCGUCAGUUCAAAGAGGCUACCGGUGAUAGUGAUGCUGAUGAUGAUGACGGCGGUGGUCAGGCAGCCGGAAGACGCUCUCGCAAAGGGAAAGAGCAUGCAGUACCCCCGGAACUCAUGCGACUUUCCAUAAUGGUUACCGUGUUAUAUGUUUCGGUUAUGUGA